GAGCUUCAUGUGGAAAAGCUUUGGGCUUCCAUCGUCAGGCCAGCGGUUGCUUCGAUCCAGUUUUCACCAUUUCGUCGACGAGUGAAAAACAAGUCUCGCUUCGCAGAGUGUAUAAUUCGCCGACAGGAAAAUCGUUUGUUAGAGCAUUUGAACGUGCUUUUUAACAAAGCACGGCACCAAGCAUGUACUUCUUUUUUGUUUUAGCCUCGCUGAUGGUGGGCGCUAACCCAGCGUUAGCCUACCUAUCAGCGGGCAUGAAGGAUCAGUUUCUUUCGGACAUGUUGCUCCGCGAGCUCGUCGAUAGGAUGGGCAAGGACUUGGCCGAAGCAGCCGACUCGUACAUCGAUCCGGCCGCCAUGGACGAACUUCCCGCCAGCCGUCUAGCACUGAUGGCGCGUGUAACGAAGGACCUCGAAUCCGAGCAGCUCGAUUACGACGCCCUGCUGGACGGUUCCAAUCCGAACCCUUCGCCGCGUGACCAGGAAUACCUGCAGCACAGUUCCCUCUGGGGCCAUCAGUACGUGUCGGGUGGAGCCGGCGAAGGACCUAACCGUCCCAAGCCGCAGGUGAAAACCGACGCCAGUCUGCCGGCCUACUGUAACCCGCCGAAUCCGUGCCCGGUCGGAUACACCGAGGAUCAGGGCUGCACGAUGGAUUUCGAAAAUACGGCCGCGUUUAGUCGGGAGUAUCAGGCCGCACAGGACUGUAUGUGCGAUGCGGAACAUAUGUUCAACUGUCCGGCGUCGACACAAAGCGAAGGCAACCCGCAGAUGGAUUCCGAUCUGGAAAACUUUAUCGCCCGUCAGUUCCACACGCAGGAGCACAAGAACUUGGUAGCGAAAAAGUUUCACGUCAAGAAGAGCUACAACCCAUUCUUGCAAGGUGAAAAGUUACCGGUCGCUGCGAAGAAAGGGUUCAACGUUAACGUUUAAGCGAUAGAGCAACCGUGGCGUAUUCCAUAUCAUGAUAACCGACCCAGAGGCACCCAACAAAACCAGGUAGUCAUAAAGCCCUGCAAGAACUAACCACAACACGGACAAACGGCAAACGGAAAAGUAAUAUUCAUCGUUCACUUCUAGGCAAUAAGGACAAAUGCAAAUACCGACACUAACUUCAACAAAAAACACACACACACACACUCGCUGUACGUAAAAGCUAAGGUGCAACUUCAAUGCACCAAAUAUCGGCUCUUUUUUCGGAGUAAAACAUCAGUUUUUAUUCCCACAUUUAACUCAAAGCAGAACCCGAAGAAUUUUAAUUACCCUAGGAUAUCUUCAAAAUCAGUCCAUUGAUUUUUGCAAUCUUCAGCCUUUGCUUGAUGGCAUGUAUGCUUUGCUUUCUACCGAGUUAUUUCAAAAUUUCUUGAACUUUAACACCUUUCGCCGUAUUAUAGAGCAUGAAGAAUGUUGGUACAUGUUAACAUGCAUUUUUUGCAUAGUGUGUAUAAUAUCCUUCCAGAAGCCAGAAACUAGGGCAUAUAGGACAGCUAAUAUAGCCAUUCUUAGAUGUUUCAUGAUGAUACGUUCAACAGCAGAUGCAACUGUCAGAGGAACGUGUUGAGGGAUAUUGUAGCUGAAUUCCCUCUCUGUUGACUAAUUUCCAUGUUUAACACCGGUUAUGAGAACGCUUAGUACAGAGCUUUCGAGAGAGCAACAAGACGAUAACAUACCAGAUCUAUAUGAAGCAUGAAAUCAAAAUGAAAUAUAUUUUGAACGAUAGAGGACACUCUUAAGCGAGAAGGAUAACAGUCCUUUUCAAACAAUGCUACAACGUUAAAACCAAAACCUAAUAUCUCAAUACACCAUCACCACACUACAGGCAUUGGGUGCAUUAUAAGCUAGAAACGUAGAAACACUAACUAACAAUCACCAAAACCAUAUGCAAUAAUGAUUUGUAUCAUUGUUUUUCGGUAACUACCCAACGCUUAGAUGAUCGUUGCCAACAGUAGUCCCAGUUUUAGUGGCUAGGCUUGAAUCAGGAAGUGUGUCUACUUCUGCUAUAAUCGUGGUCAAUUUUAUCCGUCAACUUGUGCCAUAUGAGACCUGAAACCCUUUUCCAAACUGAGUACUUUCAAUACAGCAAACCCUUUUGGGCCAAUGCCCAAAGGUUCAAGGUUCAAGAUGCUUCCUGUGGUAUCUAUAUUUGCUGAUCGGUAUUUUGUGUGUGCUAACCAUAGACACGAACGAGGCGUAAGCUGCUUAAUGUGUUUCAUGUUACAAUUUUAAGCUCGUGAAUUCGAUUACCGCUUCCAGAGCAGAUGAUGUGAUGUCGCGCUAGUGGAUAAGCGUUCAUACUGAUGACCUUCUCGGUGAGGCUGGCUCGCAGUGUCUCUUUUUUGCUUGGCCAAAACAACAUCACACACCCAACCAAGAUCCGGGCAUGCCCGAUAGCGCGUUCCUCCCGUGGACCAAAUAACCCCGCCAACAUCCUAGGGGUAGUUAUCGGAAGGGGGCCUAGAGGCACUCGGAGAGCGGCUUGGCUGAGUCUCAUUAGGAUGAGAGCUACCAUUAGACGUCAAUCACAUCUUGAACGAGAUAGAAUAGCAUUGCUUGCGUUUCAAUCCCUUUUUCGAACGAGGUGUUUUAUUGCUGUAUUGCAACGCCUCUUACAAAACAAUUGAUUGUCUUUGUGAAACUUGAUGCCAUUCCAGAUAAUUGUAAUGCACUUGAAUUAACUUAAUUAAGAACUUAUAGGAUACGUAAGCUUGAUGACCCGGGGUUCAUCGAUUAGUACUGUAGGAGGGAAGGUGAUUGCUUUACGAGAGGAGCAAUAAGAACAGCCGUGGUUUUCCUUUGCCGGCAAGCAAGAACGCCCAACAUCCAGGUUUCUCGCUUGUGAACCGCUUUAACAUCUCGAGCAAAGAUCCGGUUCGGCGGGCUUGGAAAAUCAAACAACCAAACAUGUAGGAGAGCAAUAAGAAUAUCGACUAGAAAUUUGACUAUAACUUCUUCGAGGAAAAACGAAAUAAAAACCUUUAACAUCAAAAGGGCAUUAAAUGACUGCUUUCAUCCGCGUACUACACGCCAUACCAUCACGAUUCGUAGCCGGAUGAAGCGGACAAAACACGAAAACGCAAACGAUCAAAAAUGGUUGACCAGUGUGCGGGGCGUCGGGUUGCACAUACGAUCAAAGCGAUUGCGUUUCGGUAUCCAUUUUGGACGGGCCCAAUACCACCAGAGCUUGCCCUUGAGAUCCUUCGCUAGGACGAGCGCGGGGGAUGGAUCGUACAAACAUCGCACGAUCGAUCGAAAGGAAAGUGGUGCGACAUUCCAUCCAGUUCGACACAGGUCCCUUUCGAUCGGCAUUCCGAGCUUUCGCCUGUGAAGACAUCCUAUCCAAAAUGGGCACCAUUCGGAAUCGUGCAACACAUCGACAUCGCUUUGUCAACCAUUGUUUGAUAACACUUACUUCACAUGAAAAAAAAACAAACUAACAAAUAUUAUAAAACUAAAUGCACAGUUUACACAAGCGAGAGAGAGAGAGAUGUACACGAUCAACCUGAUCAAAAUACACACCACACACAGAGAAUUACUUAAAGAAACUUACAAUGCAGUAUUAAUAUAGAAAGAGAAAACAUACAAAAACUUUAAUGCUAAGGGCAGAGUGGAAUAAAAAAACGCAAAUGGUAUGCUGAAAGCAACAUAACAAUUCCAUAAACACACCACAGAACACUUUACUGUUAGCUUAUAAGAAUGAGAACAAAACUGUGUAGCAAACACCCACAUACACAUUACAACUGUAUGUUAUUAUAUAUAUUUGCAUUACGUUAGCAGAACGAUGGACACAUACACACGGUAGAGUGCAGUGCAGUGGUUGAGAUGCGAGCAGGAAAAGAGAGGAAAUAUAUAUAUACACACAAAAACUAUAUAUAAUCUAAUUUUGUAUUUAUAUCUAUAAAUAUUUAAAAUAUACAUACAUAUAUAUACAUGCAAAACUCACCUUAUAUACAGAUAGUGUACCCAGAACACACGUGCUGGAGGGGGUUGCCGGUAAGGAAGGAACGGUGUAACGAGAUCGAAAAAAUCGGAACAAAAAGAGGGAAGCAUCUCUUCUUCAGUACUUCGAUUAUUUUAAAACUAAACAUGACAAUAUCAUUACACAUACAUUCCAAUAAAAAGGAUCAGCUUUACGAACAAUGCAGGCAAAAGCUGUGAGAUGCAGGCGAGUUGGGAGAGUGUUGAACAAGUUUAAAAUACUCUUCUAAUGAUGAUGAUAAUAAUGAUAAUAGUAUCAGUACGUGCAUGUUGUUGACGGAGGUCAGCAAACAUCCGGAGACCAUCCCGGCGCAGGGGAAUAGUGCUGAAAACAGAAACCAAAACCAUAUAAGUCACGUCAAUACAGUUGCUUCAACUUGCUUUUAGAGGUUUACAGGAUUGCAAUCAGUUUAGAACACCAGGACACGCUAAACGGAAGGCAGGAAAGGGCGGGAGGGGAACAGGUUAGCGCUGAACUUGAAUGAUACUUACUCUCUUUCAGUAUGGCAUUUAAUAGCAGACCGACCCAAACCCCAGGACAAGACACGAACGCUAGAAUUAUGCUUCUUAUGUGUAUAUCGGGAACGAGAGAAAGGACGAAACAACAAAGCAAAAAAGGCAGCUAAUGUAAAACCCCAUUUUAUGACAUUUUAUCGUCUUUCACACGCGGAACACUUUGAAAUAUUUGUUCGUGUACUAAUGUAGUAAGAGCGUUGAACACAAUAUACCAAUAAUUCCACAGCCCAACAAUACCCACAACUCACGCAACAACACGCGUGGAGCUUUCUUUGCACUUUGAUCGACAUCGAGAGCUUUCCACCGAACGAACGAAAGCAUCGAUCGAUCCACAAACUUACGGUUCGAUGAUAGCAAUAGGCGGAAACGGAGGGCAAAAUAACCAAAUCCAACCAACAACCACACAGCACAACACUGAACAGAGGAAAAGGAAAACAUAACCUAAAAAACCCGGUACCCGAGGAUGGAGACGGAAGCACAAAAAUGACUUGAAAAUUCAAACAAAAAAAAACAACAAAACUAAAUAGAAAUAUAUCAUAAACCUUCUGUGUCGUAUUUAUGCAUCA